UAAAGGAUUGAAGAAGUGUAGUGUAGAGUCAUCUCUAGCAAUUCCAAUAAAAUUUUGUGUUGGGAGAAUAAUUUUCUAUACAAUAUGGAGAGAGAUGAUGAGAAAAUUGAUGAAAUUUUGACAAAACUUGAAAAAAUUAAAGACCCGGUUGGUGAUAUCUAUCGUUACAACUAUCAAGGAUUUUGGAUUGAAGCAUUUACUUUGAAGGGUUUAAUACCCUUUCAAACACAAUUUGAGGCAAGAGAUGAUGAUAUUAUAUUAGCUUCUUGUCCAAAAUCAGGUACUACUUGGUUAAAAUCUCUUAUUUUUUCUAUUGGCAACCGUAAUAAUAAUAGCAAUAUUAAUCCUUUCACUACAAGCAAUGUCACUUUUACCAGCACAGUUCGCUACUGCGCUGGUAAAAGUAACUUUUACCAGCACAUUUCACAAACUGCGCUGGCAAAGAGAUCAAAGUUUUGUUUGUUUACUGCCAAUCCACAUGACCUUAUCCCCAUGCUUGAAUUAUCAUUACCUAUGGAAAAUAUGAUUAAGCCAAGACUUUUGAAUACACACAUUCCUUAUCCUUCAUUACCACCAUCCAUCAAGGACUCUCAUUGUAAAAUUGUAUACAUUUGUAGAAAUCCAUUGGAUGUGUUUGUUUCUCAUUGGCACUUUGCUCAUAGAUUUUCUGGAGAGGAUGACAUUGAACCAUGUCAUUUAGAAGAGUGCUUUGAUAUGUUUUGCAAAGGAAUCCAUGCAUUUGGACCCUUUUGGGACCAUAUUUUGGGAUUUUGGAAAGCAAGUUUAGAGAUGCCUCGCAAGAUCUUAUUUUUGAAAUACGAAGAGCUUAUGAAAAACGAUAUUUUUUUUAUUAAAAAGAUAGCUCAUUUUUUGGGGUUUCAUUUUUCGAAAGAGGAAGAACAUUGCGGAGUUCCACAACAAAUUGAGCAAUUAUGUAGCUUUGAGAAUUUGAAAAAUAUCAAUGUAAAUAAGACUGGGAAACAUUCUUUAGAGAUGUCUAAUAGUUCAUUCUUUAGAAAAGGUGAGAUAGGAGAUUGGGUAAAUUAUUUGACACCUCAAAUGGCAGAACAUGGAAAGAAACUCAUUCAAGAAAAGAUUGGAGAGUCCGGUUUAAUGUUUGAUUUUCUAGAUUAAUAGUUGUUAUAAUAGUCUUUGUUUGUUUCCAUUGUCUUUGGUGUCUAUCUUUUUUUUUUUUCUUAAUAAAAUUUAUAACUUUAUUAAAGCAUUUAAUUCUUGCGCAAUUACAUCAAAGAUGUUAUUCAGAUAGA